CCCUAUAUAUCAUCACAUUUAUUGGUGAUAUUGUUCAGCAGAAGAACAAAAACCCAUACAUAUUAGCAACAAGGAUGGUGUGUAAAUAAUAACAGAAUUUUGAGAACUUUGGGGAACUUUGAGAACUAAAACAGCUUUAAAAUAUGCACACAGACUUCAGUAAAAAUCUAACAUCUUUGCUUGACUAUUGUCCAACAUUGGGACUGUUGACUCUGUUGAUUUAUUUAUUAUCUUCUGUGUUUUAUUUCCACUCUUUAUAGUCCAACACACUGAUAAGGUCUCGUCACUCUUCUCUGUUUGUGGUUUAAAUAUUUGUCCCUGUCUCAUUCAAGGACAAACCUCUAUUCAGCCUGUGGGAAACAAACACAUAUACAGAGUCCUGAAAGAGUAAAGAGCAUUUGAAUGGACGGUGAAUUUAAUAUAAGUGAGGGUGAACUCUUUUCUGCUUCAUUCACAAUCACUCUAUUCAGUAAAUUCUGUGAACAACAUGAUCUCUGUUUGGAUUCUGAGUUCUCUGAUCCUCAGCUACACUUUUGGGCGUCCCAUCUUCAAUAACACAAGCAGUGGAAUUCACAUGGAGGGUUUUUUUAAUGUCACAGAGAGGAACUUCACAGAGUAUAAUAAAACCAAUCAGAUCAGGAGUUCGAGUUGUCUGCUGCCAACUUGUUCCUUGUCAAACCUGGGAUCAUCCUUACAGAUUGGGGAUGAGAUUGCUGGAGAUUUGGUCCGAGAUCCAAUGGGAAUUGGCAAGAAAUGAAGCAAAUGAAUAAAAGAAAAUAAACAUGAUUAAUAAGGAAAACA